UGGCCUACGGUAGUGUUCAAACGUUUGCUCGUUGCUGGGACAACAAACGCCUCGUGUAUGUCCUGUGGGAUUUAAAUUACCGAGUUGAUGGGAUUCGGUUUCCAAACUGACGGCAGCGCUGAAGCGCAGAAUGGGUCAGGCUGGAAGGGACCGCCGCGGGUUUUCUGGUCCCACCUCCCUGCUCAAGCAGGGCCAUCCCAGAGCACAUGGCCCAGGAUUGUAUCCAGCCGGUUCUGGGAUUUGUCCAGUGAGGGAGACUCCACACCACGCGCGGUCACGGCGCAGGAAAGAAUUCCUUCCUCUUGUUCAGAAUCAGGUGCUGUUUUCACAUUUGGGAAAAGCAAAUUUGCAGAAGAUAUUCCUAGCAAGUUCUGGUUCAAAAAUGACAAGCCUGUACUUAUAUCAUGUGGAGAUGAACAUACAGCUAUUAUUACAGAGAAAGGUAAACUAUACAUGUUUGGCAGUAACGACUGGGGCCAGUUAGGACUAGGAUCAAAGAACACUGUCAGCAAACCAACGUGUGUUAAAGCUUUAAAACCAGAAAAACCAAAACUUGCUGUUUGUGGAAGAAACCACACUUUAGUUUACACAGAAAAAGGAAAUGUUUAUGCUGCUGGAGGUAACAGUGAAGGCCAGUUGGGAUUAGGUGACACAGAAGAAAGGACCACAUUUCAUUUAAUUAGCUUUUUUACCACGCAGCACAAGAUCAAGCAACUAUCAGCUGGAUCAUACACCUCAGCAGCAGUAACUGAGGAUGGGAAGCUCUUUGUGUGGGGUGAUAAUUCAGAAGGUCAGAUUGGCCUGGCCAGUGAAGCCUCUGUCAGUGUCCCCUGUAAAGUGGAUAUUGGAAAACCUGUUUCCUUUGUAUCCUGUGGAUAUUACCAUUCUGCCUUGAUUACAGGAGAUGGUGAGCUCUAUACUUUUGGAGAACCUGUGAAUGGAAAACUGGGAUUAUUCCCUGAACAGCUGAAGAACAAUAGAGUCCCACAGCCUGUACUGGGAAUUAUGGAAAAGGUUGAUAAGGUUGCUUGUGGUGGAGAACACACUGUGGUGCUGACAGAGACAGAUGUUUAUACUUUUGGACUUGGACAAUAUGGGCAGCUGGGACACGGAACUUUUGUGUUUGAAAGUUCAGUACCGAAGCCUGUGAAACACUUGAGGAGGCAUAAAAUAUGUAACAUUGCAUGUGGGGAAAAUCACACGGCUGUGAUAGCAGAGAAUGGCCUCAUGUUUACUUUUGGAGAUGGACGACAUGGCAAGUUAGGAUUUGGAGAAGAGAGUUUUACAAAUCUGUUUGAUCCCACUCUGUGUUACAAUUUCUUGAAGUUCACAGUCCUUAUGGUUGCUUGUGGGGGUUGUCACAUGCUGGUUUUUGCUGCUCCAAGACCUAAAGGAUCUGAGGUAAUCUUGGAAGAUUUAUGUGAGCCUCGUUUGACUGCUACUCUCCCUAAAAUGAGUGGGGACUUUGUACUAGCAAACACUUUGCAAUUAUCAGCAGCACGGAUACGGCGUCGAGAGAGGGAAAGGUCACCAGAACAGUUUGUUCGAAUGGCACAAACUCUGCCUCCAAUGGGGGAAAGCUCCUUAAAAUCCUCGUUGCCUGUGACAAGCAACACCAGCCCAUUCUGGUUUUCUGCAAAAAGUCAUCCUAAAGCUGAAUCUGUAAGGGAUGGAGACCAUGAAAAAGAAAAUAACCAUCAAAAAGAUAAACCUGGUGAAGUCUCUUCAGAUCAAGAUUCAGAUGAUGAAAAUAUUGACAGAAACCUUGGGGAUACAAGUGACAUCCUAAAUAUGACACAUGCAAUGAAGUUGAAUCCUGGUGACUGGUCCUUAAAAUUAUCACCACUCCAAAAACGGAAGGAACAAAACUUGUCUGGAGAUAAAGGAAAAGAAGAAACAGAAGGAGAUAAAGCAAAAGAAGGAACAGAGAAAGAAGAGGAAAAAAAAGGAAAAGAAAAGGAUCGUAAACCACCUGAGGGAGAGACAAGCAGUAGUAGUAGCACUUUGGAAACUGGAGAGACAGAGGAAACUACUCAGAAAGAGCCCAUCGUUCAGCAGGAGGAGGAAAGCACUGACAAUCACACUGUGAAGAAUUCGUCAGAGAACACUGAUGACCAAAAAACUGGAGGAAUUGUGGGGAGAAUAAAGUUUUCCCUGUUCAAGAGAAAACCACUGACAAGCCAGAAGAUUGAAUGUAGUGGAAAGGAAGACAGCCCUGAAAAGCCAUUGCAGAGUGAAGAAAAAGAAAAGGAAGAUUUAUCUGGUGAAGACAGUAAGGAUGAAAAUCAGAAUCAUACACCAGAGAAUUCCAGUGAAACUGCAACUAACCAGAACAGAAGGGUGAAAGUUAAUACAUGUAUAUUGCUGUAACACUGUUACAAUAUAUGAGAAUGUGACAGUCUUAAAGCACAUAAGUGCAAUUUUUACUUGAAAACAUUUCAAGUUAUGACUUGAGAUGUUGAUGGCUGCUUUUGUUUUUAUUGAUUUGAUUGCUGUAAUUUUAAAUAGGCAGAUGAUUUUUUUGGUAUUUAUUGGUAAUUUUAAUAGUUCAAAAUGAUGUGCUUAUCAGCACUUUGCUGGAGUUUGGUGGCCUUACCUGUUGAUGUUCUAAAGCAAAAUAUGGGUUUUUUAAAUGUGAAAAUCAAAUACAGGAAUUUUAUGGAUUUUUGCUAAAUAAGUUUAUUGUUUCUGUCUACAGAGUACCACUUCCAGCAUGAUACUCUUGCAAAAUUAUAAUAUUUGAUGUAAGAUAUUAUUUGGUUUAACAACCUAGUUAAGAAUAUUGAAGGUACUCACUUACUUGGAAGUAUCCAUGUUUCUUUCUGUUUUGACAUAGAAAAAAAUAGCAGUAAAACUUUCAAGUUAACUUGUAGGCCAUUACUGAAGACGUUACUUGAGUAUGUGCCUAAUUUCAUGCAUGGCAGCACACCCAGUGGAAAUAGUGUAAGUAUAGAAAUACCCUGCCAAACUGUGACAGGGAGAAAGCUUUUAUUUCUGAGAGGUGCUGAAAACCUUUGCUCCUGCUGAAAUUGGCAUGAGCUGAUGGGCCUCUCCUCACUGAAUCAGGCCCAGUAAAAACUGGACACUCUCGCUCUUGCAUCACUUGGAUUCUAAUCAUGUAUUCUCUGAACAUCCACACCUUAAUGAGUCUCCAGUGAAGCUUUUCUUACAGGAAAAUAAUGCAGCCAGAGGUACUGUGAGUUCAGUAUGACAAAUUGAUCUUUAUGGGAUAAAUAUUCAUGUUUUUCUCAGGCAGAGUCGCUUUUCUUCAGAUGGCCACUUAGCAGGAGGAGCCAGAAAUCAGUACAAAUAAAACUGGUUAACACCACUGUAGCAUUAAGAAGCAGGAAUUCUUUAUUCAGCAGAUGCUCAAGGGGAUAUCUCCUCCAAAAUAAUGUGCAGGCUGAGUACAGAAAAAGCUCCUGUUUAUAAAUUAUAUUUCACAUACACAGUCAUUGAUUUUCCCAUAGUAAGCAUACACGUGAUAAAUAAUUUCCAUGAAAUCAUUAAUAUCUUUUCCCUUCCCUUUACAUGCAUUCUUCUGUCCUGGAGGUCUCUUUGCUGGUCCCUGGUGGUUGGUGACCCCAGAGUCAUCCCUGACCACACAGGGAACUGGUAAAAGGUGGGACAACUGGGCUGGUCGCUUUCCAGUUCUCCCUUCAUUUUUUCCUAGUUUCAAAGUUGCUUAAAUUUUAUAUAAUAGGUCAGAAGUGUCCAGAGUUGAUUUCAUCCAGAGUUGGUUCACCUGAAUGCUUUGUCCUUAUAAGUAUAGCAGGUGCCCAGAUUCUUUCACAGGGCCUCCUCUGCUACCAUAAUCAUCAUACUAAAAAGCUGGAUGCUUGGGUCAUUCUUUGCCAGAGUUAAUUAGGUUCCUUUUGUGUCUUUUGUUUUCCUUUGGGCUACUCCUGGGUUCUGCAGUGAACCUUACAUGAGGGGUUUUCUCCUCCAUUUUAUUUAUCUAUUUUCUUAUUUUUCUGAAUGCCACAUGUGGUUUCUGUUCUACUUGGAGUGAAGUGGAAAAGGAGAAAUAAAGUAAAUGGCUCUCUCAUUAAUUUAAAUAAAUUUAAUUAUUUUUUUAAGGGGAGGUCAGUGAGAAAUUUUUACUGUAAUGACAAUUUCUUUUUUUAAAGGUGAACAAAUCUAGUGAGAAAUAGUACUUUAAAAUGGGAAUUACCCUCUAAUCUAACACUACAGAAGUUUAUGCAAUGGACUGUAAACUGCUGUAUGUCUGAUCAGUUUCAGGGAUAGGUACAUUUAUCUUGUUCACACACUAUGCUCAACAAGAAGCAGGAACAUAUUAACCCAUUCCAAUGUCUUUUUUACAUGUCUUCAUUUUUAAUAAAAAAGAUUAAACAAAUAAAACAAUUUACAUGUGUAUGUGUAUUAACUUAUAGGGUGUUUUAACAAGUUCACAAGGUUUAUGACAAAAAUUA